CUAUAUCCGGCGCCGCUGAAAGCCCUUCCGGUCUUUCGGCUUUCGGCUCGGAGGAGGCUCAGGUGCAACUUUCCUCGGUCGUCCCGAAUCCGGGUUCAUCCGACACCAGCUGCCUCCACCAUGCCGCCGAAGUUCGACCCCAACGAGAUCAAAGUCGUAUACCUGAGGUGCACCGGUGGGGAAGUGGGUGCCACGUCUGCCCUGGCCCCCAAGAUCGGCCCCCUGGGCCUGUCCCCAAAGAAGGUUGGUGAUGACAUCGCCAAAGCAACUGGUGAUUGGAAGGGUCUGAGGAUUACAGUGAAACUGACCAUUCAGAACAGACAGGCCCAGAUUGAAGUGGUGCCUUCUGCCUCUGCCCUGAUCAUCAAAGCUCUCAAAGAACCUCCAAGAGACAGAAAGAAGCAAAAAAACAUUAAGCACAGUGGACAACAUCACAUUCGAGGAGUGUCCAGCAGGCCCAAGAUGCGGCACCUCUUUAUCCAGGAACUCUCUGGAACCCAGUAA